CCAUCUUCCAACUGUCAGAUGGUGAAUUGUCAGAACGUCAAAACACUAGAUUGUCGGGAUUUCACUGAGGACAGUUUCAGUGCCGUUCUCAUUUAACAGCCUACUUUUCACUAUGUCGAAAUAUUUAGGGUUGGACAGGUUCUUUAAGGUUUUCCGUAUCAUACGGGAGAAUGGAGGACUUGUAAAAAGCUACAUGAAGUUAUACAGAUUUGAUGACUUGAAAACAGGCACUCUAGUCGGAACUGACAAGUACGGGAAUAAGUACUACGAAAACCCUUAUUACUUCUACGGUCGUAAUAGAUGGGUCGAGUACACUGACCACGUAAACAUGGAUUAUGAUGGUUCCCAGAUCCCUGCCGAAUGGUACGGAUGGAUGCACUACAAGACCGACUUGCCUCCAACUCGAGAUGGUGACAGGCCAAAAUACAAGUGGAUUGCGAAUCAUAGCGAAAAUUUGUCCGGCACCAAAGAGCAAUAUAUGCCCUACUCGACAACUCCACCGAAAAUUGAAGCUUGGGAUCCGAAGAAAUCGAAGUGAAAAUCUAGUUUAUUUUUAGUGUCGAAUGUUUGUUAACUGGACAAAGUGUUUCGCAAAGUGAAAUGUUUCAAAUUUCUAAUAAAGAAUGUAAACGAUCGAAGUAGAA